GUGGAAGCCAAGUAGAGCCAAGCAAGCCAAGUGUGUGACAUGCGUGACACUAGAUCACGUUGUCUCUUGGAACUUGUUCAUGAUGCCGCAUACACGGCACGAAUGGCUUGCCAUCUUCUUCACCGUUAUCUUUCAGCUCUGUUCUGCAAUGGCCCAAAACGACAGCAGUGGUUAUGACAGUGACCCUAUUCUACAGUUUAGACCCGCCUUCGUCGAGUCGUUACCAGUUCAGAUCCUCCUGACAGGCGUAGUCCUCACACUCGUCGUCGUUCUGCUUCUUCACCUGCUUUUUACCGCUCAGUAUCAUUGGCCCCUAGCUCGUGUCAAUUAUAUGCUGCAGCUCACGGGGGUGGUGACUUUGCUCGCCUCUAUCACCGCUACUAUCUAUGUCGUGUUCUCCUCCAAUAUAGAGGAGAGCCAGCAUUGGCCAUACAUGUUGAGCUACCUGGCUGUGGAUAUGCCAAGAUUUGGCAGCAAUAUAACCGGGAAUACCACUGAUCCUACUGUGGUAUAUGCACACCGAUGGUCACUUGCCGAGAGUGCUACGUGGACCGUAAUGAAUGCGACUACAUCUAUGGUUAUACAGAUUACCCACAUUCAUUUUCUGACCUUACUGUUUCCCUCAAACCUGGAGGCAAGACUCAUUUUUGGCCUGCUUGGUCCAUUGGCUAUCAUAUCUGCUGUCAUGCAACUGCUCCCGAUCUUCUACGGGUUGAGCUCGGUGCCACUCGCGGAGGACACCCGGAACGUGUGCAAUGCAGCUUUGUCGUUGCUGUUCACUUCUGCACUAAUAAUCUGGGGCUUUUUUGUUAACCGGGAGGCGGCAUGGCGCACCGAUGGCGGGACAGCAGCCUUCGGUGCUGGCGCAAUCGUUCUCGCUCUCAUAUCGACUACGCUCAAUUUCAUCUACAUACCGAGUCAAGACCAGUAUGGAUGGAUGCCAAAACUUAUGUGGAGUGUGGUCAUGUGGCAAAGUUUCCUUGGAUGGUGGUGGUGGGUUGGUUCCGGGAUGGGCGUCGGCGAGGUAGAAGAGUUACUGAUGAAGGAGGAGAAACGUGAAAGAAAGAGGAAAGUGAAAGCACAGAAGAGGAAGGAGCAACGAGAGAAGGCCAAGACUAUGUGGAAGGGUGUCACCGGUGCAUUCACAACGAAGCGCGACCACCUUGAUAGCCGGGAUUCCGGCGAGGGGCACGAAGGACUUGACAAUUCUGAAUCGCUGAAUGCUCUCGCUUCUAGCAAUGUCCUAUCGACUACAGAUGGUACGCACGCUUGCGCCAUGCGCACCUUACUGCGGCGAGAAUACAAGCUGUCGAGCGCGUAGAGCGCAUACACCAAGUGUUCGGCCGUGAAGAGACCCGGAAUUCGAUGCGGGAACCUGGUUCCCAGGUCGUCGGAUGGGGACUGGGUAGCUAUGGACUACGGGGCGUAGAGCGGGAUCGAAGGGAAGGACAGGAGCUACAGAUCAGGAUU